UAUCCAUCAUCGUCGUCUUCUUCUUCAUCGCCGUCUUUUCCUCCAACAUCAUCUUCCUCUUCUUCUUCUUCGUCUUUUCCUCUGUCAAAAGGCAUGGAGAAUAGUAAGAAUAUUGAGUCGUCGUACAGGAAGAGAUCGUCAUGCGACCCCGGGGAUCGCUCUUCGCCUCCGAAGCGUGGCCGCGUCGAGUGUAGAGCAAUGGGAAGUUCCACGGUCGACGAUCAUGAGGAGCCGGGCCUUGACCUGACGCUUCGGCUCGGUUCGUCAAGAACAACACAGAACCAGAGGGUGCAGUUUCAAGCACCAGCAGUGGAGGAUAAAAUCUCUAAGUUGGAAUCGGUUCGAGCAGAGCUCGCCAGAUCAGAGGAGAAGAAUUGGCUUCUGAAGGAAAUGCUUAGCGUAGCGACCAAGGAGAACGACGAACUGCGAGAUCGUCUAUCGAAGCUGCAUUUCAAAGGCAGAAAUAAGCAGGCGACUGAGAAGAAGAUGAGGACCGCCCCAGGCCCCUCCUCUUCCUCCAACCCAGAUCGAGCCGAGCCAAACAUGAAGAAGCCCCAAGUUUCGCUUCGGAUCCUGACCGAAAAACCGAAUAUAAAGGAUGACUGUCUCUGGAAAAAAUAAGGGCAAAAAAAGUUGGGGAGCGUUUUUCCUCGAGCUUACUAUCCUUGUUCUUUAAAGGAAGACUGCUCUGUUAGAAAGAAGGUAUCGUAGUGGAUUCAGACAACAAACUAUACCUUGUUUGCUCAAUUAAUGUAUGAAUUUUGUUUUUUUUUCUAUAUAUAGGUUCAGCGUUGUGCAGAGGAUCCAACAGUUUUGAUCACUACCGAGGGGUCGCAUGACCAUCUGCUUUCGAUCCUCUGUCCUCAUUUUUCUCUGUCGCCGUGUCUCAUUGUCGAUCGGACGGAUCAUAUUAAAUCUCAAGGAUAUUUUGCAUAUUACGAGAAUACUACACAUAUUUUAAAGAUGUCAUGAUGUCUUAAGAUUUAAUCUCAUCCGUCUGAUCGGUAAUGAGACACAGGGACAGAGAGAAAUAGGGACAGAGGAUCUGAACUAUCGAUCUCCAGCGACAGCUUUUUGGCCGGAGCGACGAUCUCGGAGAUUGAGCCUUUCCCGUCUGUCAUGAUCGCUGCUUCCUCCAGGAUUCCCGGAGCCGACGGUGACGGACAAGAGGAUGGCAAGAAAGAAUGAACUAAACGAUUUUGAUGGAGUUGAUCUAUCGCUAGUGCUCAGGAUUGUUGGAUUCAGCUAGAACAAGGCAUUCUUAGAUCUCUAAUAUUUAUGUAGCCAAUUAUAAA